AGAGGGCGGAGCUGCCGGUACCGGUUGGCGAAAGUGUUGGGGCUUGAGGCGUCCUCCCUAUCCCUCCCACUCCCAGCGCCUCCAACGGCAGCAGGGGAAAUAGCCAAGCUGCAGGCUAUUGUUGGCUGAGUACUCUCAAGAUCACUUUUGCUUUUGGCUGUGGCCUAUGUCAUCCCUCCCAGACCUGUGUUAGCCAGACGAUUCAUCAAGGAUUUUGUAUCCAAGGCCCAAAAGUUUGUUACCCGAGAUGAUGAAUGCUGACAUGGAUGCAGUUGAUGCUGAAAAUCAGGUGGAACUGGAGGAAAAAACGCGACUUAUUAAUCAAGUGUUGGAACUUCAACACACACUUGAAGACCUCUCCGCAAGAGUAGAUGCAGUUAAGGAAGAAAAUCUGAAGCUAAAAUCAGAAAACCAAGUUCUUGGACAAUAUAUAGAAAACCUCAUGUCAGCUUCUAGUGUUUUUCAAACAACUGACACAAAAAGCAAAAGAAAGUAAGGGAUUGACAUCCCUUCUGUUUUAUGGAAUUGCUGCUGAUCUUUUUUUCUUUAAAACUUGGAUAGGUUCAAAAAGUUAGAGUACUUUUGUUUGUGGCUUAAUUGAAUAUUUAUGAAGAUAAUAUCAGAUCUAGGCAAAAUUAAGAGCAUAACAGAAGACUUCCAUGAGCUUGUGUAUAAUAUGUUAGUCUAUGAAAAUGUGCUAAUGUAUUGUAGAGACUUUAUAAUUAGAAAUGCAUAUAUUUAUGAAACUUGAAAAUGAAUGUUUUAUCAAAUUUGCUUUGAUUUACAGGUUUAGCACUGUCUUUUAUUAUAGGCAUAUUAAGAGAUACAAGAAAAUAACCACCGUGUUGUGAAAAGUGACCAAAAUCAUGUACUGAACGCACAGCUUUAUGUACCCUGUCUACCAUGUUGUGCCUCUUCUCCAUUUGCUUCUUCCUUCCCAUUUCCCUUCCCCUAAGGAAAAAAUUGGUUUCACAUUUGUAAAAGUAAUUUUAAUAGUUAAUCAUCUGUGAGAGUAACCUGAGCUUGAAUUGUUGAAACUUAACCAAAAUAAGACACUUUCUCAGUUAGGGCUUGUCAUAGUUAGUAAUAAGAUAGGAUUGUUGGUUUGUCUUUAAUUGAUUGAAAACAGAGGCCAUAAAUAUGAAGACUUUCCUUUGCAACUGAGUUAUCAAAUUGGGAAGGUCUGUUGUUAAAAACUUCCUUUUGCACAGCUGAUGCACUUGGUAUCUGAAAAGAUGAGCUCCGGUUAUAUGUUUGAAAUAGAACAGAAAUGGGAUGGGAAAGGCACUGGGCAAACAGUAGUAACCAGCUCCAAAUGUUUUCACUCCAGAUUCGUGUGAUCUGUGGCACAGACGAUAUCUUUUGGGGAAUAUAUGAAGAUGGAAGUAGAUUAAAUGUGACUAACCUUAGGUCAACCACAUCUAGAAGAGAACAGUUACAAAGAGUUUAGUCUCAAGGUUUCUUUGUGGUACCCAGCAGAUCAACUUUUGCAAAAUCCCUUGAGAGUGUAUUAGUGUCAGAAUCAUGAACAAAAUGGACGAGUUUUACGUGUAUACUAAGUGAUAUUUUUCUCAGUAUUUUAAUCUCACUACUUCCCCAGAAUUUUCUGUAAACCUAACUACUUGGUUUGCAGAGUUUUAGUCACUCUUUGACAGUUUCAAGAAAUUUAGUUUGUAGAUUCCAUUUGGUAAGAAAAUUAAUAUCAGAAGUAAUGUUAAGAUGUUAAAUAGGAAGAGAGAUCCACUAAUAUAGUUUUGGUUAUUAGAUUUGGGCUACUUUUAAUCAUGGAAUAAUCUUAACGUUUGUAUUGGUGUAAGAUUCGAUGAAUGACUUUAGCUGUAUGAAUAUAAUAGUUAUACUGCAAACAUUUUGCAUCCCUUUUGUGACCUAAUUUACAAACAUUUAAACUUGUGUUCCAGUUUUGCUUUACUGUUUAAUAAAAACCUGUUUCAGAGA